AUGAAGGUAUCGCCAGUGAAGGAAUCGCCAGUGAAGGUAUCUGUACGGCUACUGAAGGGACCUGCAAGGCCACCGAAGGAAUCGCCACUGAAGGGAUCGCUACAGCCAGUGAAGGUACGGCCACUGAAGGAAUCGGUACAGCCAAUGAAGGUAUCGCCAGUGAAGGUAUCUGUACGGAUACUGAAGGGACCUGCAAGGCCACCGAAGGAAUCGCUACCGAAGGGAUCGCUACAGCCAGUGAAGGUACAGCCAGUGAUGGGAUCGCUAUGGCCACUGAAGGUAGAGCCAGUGAAGGGAUCUGUAAGCCCACUGAAGGAAUCGCCAGUGAAGGGAUUGCUACAGCCAGUGAAGGUACAGCCACAGCCAGUGAAGGUACAGCCACAGCCAGUGAAGGAACUGCCAGUGAAGCCAACACCAGGAAGCAGGCCGGCGAGUCCGCCCAGAAGGUUUUGGUUUUGGACGCUGUUCACGCUCGAUACCGAACGUGCACUCGGCGAAGACGUCGAAACUGCCGCCGAGCUGGACACGCCUCCAAGUAAACCGGACACAACGCCGCCGGCAACAUUGAGAGGAGCUUGGACACUGCUUGCGCUGGGAACGGAAGGCAGAAUUGGCGAAGGCGUUGGUACACCUAGUAUGUUGCCCACGCCGACCGCAAGACCGGAAACCAAGCCCCCGAGCGCAUUCUGGACGCUACUCGCUGGCACCACCGGUAGGACUGUCGACAGGAGUAGCGGAGGUACCGAAGAGGGAAGUACGACAGGGGCCGAUGGUGCCGAAGAAGGCAGGAUCACCGGUAUCGAAGAUGGAGGUCUGACUGAUGAACUCUGA